AUGGCUGAAAAUAAAAAUUUAUUUAAAUCAGUUUAAAAGUUUAAUUCUGAGUUAACUCCUGAUUGUGCUAAAUUUUGUCCUAUAAAAGGUUUCGAAUCUUACCUUGUUAUAGCAUAUUAUGAACUUAGGGAUCAAAAAGUUUACGGACGUCUUGAAUUAUAUUAAGUAGAAUAAAAUAAGCUAGUGAUAAAAGACAUAGUAGAGAGUGCUGGAGUUUUAGAUUUUUAAUGGUUUUAUUAAAAGAUAGAUAAUACUGUGUUCUUAAGCACAGCUUGUAGCGAUUCUUUUGUCAGAAUUUAUUCUUUAAAAGAAUAAAAAGAAGAAUCAAAUAUUAAAUUGCAUAAAGAAAGAGAAAUAUAAACUGAAGAAGGACAUAAAUGCCUGUAUAUAGAUGUUAAUAUAACCCUCCCACAAAUAAGAAUAGUCACCUCUACUGAUUAAGAGAGUGUUUUUAUUAUUGAUUUAGCAUAAAAUCUAGAACCUUUGAAAGAAAUUACUAAGGUAUCUAAGCAUCAAUUUUCUGUGUGGGCUUGUGGAAUUAGUAAAGAAGAUUAAAAUAUUUUUUUGAGUGGAGGAGAUGACUAAAAGUUAAUACUCUAUGACACAAGAGUACCUGAUUUUUAAGUUAUGAUGAAUAAAAGAUCUCAUGAAAUGGGAAUAUGCACAAUCAAUUUUGACCCCUUAAAUUCGAACUAAUUUUUUACUGGAUGCUAUGAUGAGCAUUUAAGGCUAUGGGAUGUGAGAAACAUUUAAAAAGAAAUAUUUGCUUCCAAAAGAGAGGGAGGUGUUUGGAGAGCUAUUUGGAAACCUUAAAGCUCUACUCAAGCACUUCUUGGAGUUUACUGUUAACAUUAUUUUGAAAUUGUUGACUUAAAUGGCAACAGUAAAAUAAAUGAAAUUUAAAAUCAUAUUUUUUAUGACUCUCUAUUAAAAGAAACAGUAGAACAAUAAGAGAAAUUAGAGGGACACACUUCUUUAGCUUAUUCUUGUGAUUGGAGCCAGGACACCAAGAACAUAAUUACUUGUUCAUUUUAUGAUAAAAUAGUGCAAUUGUGGUCAUUAACAGAAUGA